AAUUUCAGGAAGAGGCACUACAAACUCUGUCCACCUCUCCUGCCUCAAACGUUUCAACGCAGAAGAAACAGUCCCAAACCUCUCUUUCUGGUCAGCCAAAACUUUUUUCUAUGUAGCCACCAAAUCGUCCGGACUGACCAGUCGUCUAAUCCGGUUCGAGACCAGAGAAAAUGGACUGGCGAGUGAGCAAUCCGGUUCUGGUGUGCUGCGUUUUAGCGCUGCUUUGCUACGCUGGACACCAACAAGGGCUUUGCAGUGCCAGCACAGUUUCCCUUCCUGAGAACUUGCUGUUUGUGUCGACCUUGGAUGGAAACUUGCACGCAGUCAGCAAGAAGUCAGGCUCCAUCAAAUGGACUCUGAAAGAAGAUCCAGUUCUUCAGGUUCCCACACAUGUAUCAGAGCCAGCGUUUUUGCCAGACCCUAAUGAUGGCAGCCUGUACUCUCUGGGGGGUAAAAACAGUGAAGGCCUCACAAAAUUGCCGUUCACCAUCCCCGAGUUGGUCCAAGCCUCUCCGUGUCGCAGCUCUGACGGGAUUCUUUACAUGGGUAAAAAGCAGGACUUGUGGUAUGUGGUGGAUCUGCUGACGGGUGAAAAGCAGCAGACUCUGACUUCCUCCUUCGCUGAGAUGUUUUGUCCGUCUUCAUCCCUUCUCUAUCUGGGACGCACGGAGUACACCAUUACCAUGUACGACACAAAGAGCAGGGAGCUGCGCUGGAACGCUACCUAUUCAGAUUACGCCUCCACCCUUCCUGAUGAUGACACCAAAUACAAAGUGGCCCACUUUGUGUCCAAUGGGGAUGGGCUGGUUGUGACUGUGGACAGUGAAACUGGAGAUGUUCAGUGGGUCCAGAACUACAACUCACCGGUGGUGGCUAUGUACAUCUGGCAGCGGGAGGGUCUCCGCAAAAUUCCUCACACUAACGUUGCUGUGGAAACGCUGCGUUACCUCACCUUCAUGUCCGGAGAGGCUGGACGCAUCACUCAGUGGAAGUAUCCAUUUCCAAAGGAGACAAAGCCCACAAAUAAAUUCAUGGCCACCCUGUAUGUGGGCAAAUACUCCACAAGCCUGUAUGCAUCUCCCUCUCUGGUGCACGAUGGAGUUACUGUUGUGCCUCGUGGCAGGACGUUCCCCCUCCUGGAAGGCCCUGACAGCCAGGAGACGGAAGAGGACAAGGAGUGUGUCAUCACACCCAGCACAAGGGUGCACCCCAAUGCUGGGCUUCGUGAGCGGAACCGGAUCAACUUCAUGAGAAACUACCUGCUCCUCAUAGGUCAUCAUGAGACGCCUCCUGAAGCUCACACCAAGAUUCUGGAAAAGUUCCCUGACAGCCUCCCUCGUAAUGGAGGCAACGUCAUCCCCCCAACUACUGACAAGAAAGUGGAGGAGAAGGUCAACGAUAGUGGUAUGGAUGACCGAACGUCUAUCCAGGAACCAGGGGGUAGGACACUGCGUCCAGAGGCCCCUGUGGACUCCAUGCUCAAAGACAUGGCCAGCAUCAUCUUCUCCACAUUCCUCCUGGCUGGCUGGCUGGCUUUUGUUAUUAUUUACCCCAAAAGUGUGCACAAGCAGCAGCAGCUGCAGCACCAGGAGUUCCAGCGGCAGAUGGAGGAACGGUUGGAGCUGCUCCAGAAGCAGCAGCCCUUCUCCCCCGCUGACGUGGGGCCUGCAGACGGCGACUACUUGGAGGUGACCCGCGCUCGCUUCGAUUGCUCGGACCACAGCAGCCCUAACGUCACCCCCCGGGCCUCCAACCACUCCAACAUGUCUGUGUCAGAGCUGGGGAGCUCAGCCAAUGAGCAUGAAGAUGGCGUCUCGGAGGACGAUUCCAAUGUUGUCCGGGUGGGGAACAUAACGUUCCAUCCUAAACACGUCUUGGGUCACGGUGCUGAGGGGACGAUUGUUUACAAGGGACAGUUUGACAACCGUUCUGUAGCGGUGAAGAGGAUUCUCCCAGAAUGCUUCAGCUUCGCAGAUCGAGAGGUUCAGCUGCUCAGAGAGUCUGAUGAGCAUCCAAACGUGAUCCGCUACUUCUGCACCGAGAGAGACCGGCAGUUCCAGUACAUCGCUAUAGAACUGUGUGCCGCCACGCUUCAGGAGUACGUGGAAAUAAAGGAUUUCAGUCGUCAUGGACUUGAACCCGUCGCUCUUCUGCAGCAGACCAUGUCUGGACUAGUUCACCUGCACUCCCUUAAGAUAGUCCACAGAGACCUUAAACCCCACAACAUUCUGGUGUCCAUGCCCAACGCACACGGCAGAGUCCGGGCCAUGAUCUCCGACUUCGGUCUGUGCAAGAAGCUCGCAGUGGGGCGUCACAGCUUCAGUAGAAGGUCCGGGGUUCCAGGCACUGAGGGUUGGAUCGCUCCUGAGGUUCUCAGUGAGGACUUCAAAGACAAUCCAACUUGUGCAGUUGAUGUUUUCUCUGCUGGCUGUGUCUUCUACUACGUGGUGUCUCAGGGCAAACACCCCUUUGGCAAAUCUCUGCAGAGACAAGCCAACAUCCUGCUGGGCACGUACAACCUCGACUAUCUGCAAAGUGACAAGCAUGGUGACAUUGUAGCUAAAAGUCUAGUAGAACAGAUGCUGAGCAUGGAUCCUCAAAGAAGACCUUCAGCUGAAAGUGUUCUCAAGCACCCUUUCUUCUGGAGUCUGGAGAAAGAGUUACAGUUCUUUCAGGAUGUGAGUGACAGAAUAGAAAAGGAGCCGCUGGACGGAUCAAUCGUGAGACAGCUGGAGAGAGGAGGGAGGGCUGUUGUGAAGAGUGACUGGAGGGAGCACAUCACAGUCCCCCUGCAGACAGAUCUGCGGAAAUUUCGCUCCUAUAAGGGCGGUUCAGUCAGAGACCUGCUGCGUGCCAUGAGAAACAAGAAACAUCAUUACAGAGAGCUGCCUGCGGAGGUGCAGGAGACUCUGGGCUCCAUCCCCGAUGACUUUGUCUCGUACUUCACGUCCCGUUUUCCACACCUGCUCAUGCACACCUACCUGGCCAUGCGGACCUGCGCACCUGAGAGGCCGUUCCUGCCUUAUUACUCUCGGUGUGCGCACCAUUGGCCACAAAAACAAACUGAGCCGUGCACGCAGCACCUGCCGACGCACAAAUCCGAACCUUCGUUACAACAACACCGGGACCCUUCACAUUUGACGCAGUCGGUGGAGUUCAGCCACACACUGGCUGCUGAACCAGUGUCCUCGCCACCAAACGAGCCUGGACCUACAGUCCAGACGGUGCAGCCGGCAGAGCAAGGACCGUCCACACAGACUGACACGAACAGUCUAAAGACAAACGCCACACUGGUUUCAGAACCGCCUUCAGUUUCUCAUGGGCAAACAGAUUCUGGUCAGCCUGUCAUGCCCACAGAUACUCUGGAUAGUGAACCAGUGUGAACUGGAGUAAGGUGGACCCAGCACAGAUGGGAGUGUAGCCUUAAAGAGUCCUGGAGGAGUCUGUUGCUUGUAAGCAGGUGAGGAGCAGAUCCACUUCCAGCCACAGCAGCCAGAUUCUAAAGUGCCUUCUGCUGACCUGGAUUCAAAUGGUCCCCGACGUGUUUCUGCAGCGAUGAAGUCACAUAAACAACAAAGGUGUUGGUUUUUUGUAGCUGGACUAAGAAGAUAAACAUUUUUUAUUGUGCUCAAAAGCGUGUCCAUAAAUGUCUGGUCUGGGAACUGUGUGUAAAUGAUGUUGGAACUCUUGAGUGGUUUUAUUGUGCAAUCUUGUGUGUUUCUCAGUGAGUAUUUGCCGCACAGAAGCUGUUUUUGUAUAAAUCCAAAUUUGAAUCAUGAAUUGCUUAAUAUGAUGGCCAGUGUGCCUUUUUAAGGGGGGUGGGGGGGAUAU